CAUGAAGGGAUCUCUGCUCACUGCUGAAGAUGUUGCAAUGGGAGAAAUUGAGAUUAUCAAGUUUUGUCAAAGUCAAGGCUUUGGUGAUGAGCUUAUUUCUCUUCAGAAAGGUGAUAAGCUUAAAGGGAGCAGUCACAUAGUCAAGCUUGAUCCUGUUCUUCAAAAUGGGAUUUUAAGAGUUGGAGGGAGGUUGCAUCAGUCUGCAUUGCCAGAAGAUGCUAAGCAUCCUGUGAUUCUUCCUAAAGGUCAUCAUGUUUCCACUUUGAUUCUCAGACAUAUUCACCAAGAAACAGGACAUGGUGGAAGGAAUUAUACACUAUCCAGACUGAGAGAGAGAUUCUGGAUUCCACAAGCAGACUCUGCCAUUAGGAAAAUACUGUCUAAGUGUGUUACAUGCAAAAAGAUCUCAGCAAAACCUGGUGAACAGAGAAUGGCAAAUCUGCCACAAGAUCGUUUGAUACCUGACAAGCCCCCAUUCACUAAUGUGGGAAUAGACUUUUUUGGACCCUUUGAGGUCAAGCGUGGGCGAAGUAGAGUCAAGAGGUAUGGUGUAUUGUUCACAUGUCUUACUGUUAGAGCAAUUCACAUAGAAGUUGCCCAUUCACUCGACACUGACUCAUGCAUAAAUGCAUUUAGGAGAUUUAUUGCUAGGAGAGGUCAAGUGUCUGUUAUGAGAUCAGAUAAUGGCACAAACCUGGUGGGAGCAGAGAAAGAAAUGCGUGAAGCAAUUAAAGGUUGGAAUCAAUCAAAAAUCUCAGACAUGCUCAUCCAGAAAGGCAUUACCUGGAUAUUCAACCCACCAGCAGGUUCACAUUUUGGUGGCGUUUGGGAGAGGCAGAUACGAUCUGUAAGGAAAAUUCUUAACCAGACUCUGAAACAGCAGCCCCUCGACGAUGAAUGCCUCCAGACAUUGUUAUGUGAAGUUGAGGCAAUUAUCAAUAGCAGGCCAAUAACAAGAGUCUCAAAUGAUCCAGAUGAUCUAGAAGCGCUGACACCAAACCACAUACUUCUUCUUAAAAGACAACCAGUGCUACCACCUGGAGUAUUUCAAAAGGAAGAUCUGUAUGUCAAGAGGAGGUGGAAACAGGUACAGUACCUGUCUGACAUCUUUUGGAAGCGUUGGACAAAGGAGUACUUGCCGCUUUUGCAAGAAAGACAGAAGUGGUUAGUACCCAGGAGAAAUCUGAAACCAGGAGAUGUCGUCCUCAUAGUUGAUGACAGACAAUAUCUGAUUCAAACGGACUUGUCAGACGUGUUUUUGUGAAAACUAAAACUAGUCUUUUGGAAAGGCCAACAGAUAAGUUAUGUCUGUUGCUUGAAAUGGAUGACCAAGUGUAGAUGUUUAUAUUUCAUGUAUGAUAUAAUUGUGCUUAAAGCAUGAGAUUUAUGCUACAUACUACAUUUGAGUAAAUUUUGUAUUCAAACUAAAUGUGUAUUUGAAAUGUACUGUUUAGGAAAUGAAUAUAAGUUCAUGUUUAAAUAAGUCAGUCAUAUAAAUCCUGAGUUUUAAGUUACAUGACGCUUUAAUGUGUUAAUGUGUAAUUGUUAUGCCUCAGCAGUAACAAUUAGGGGCCGGAAUGUAAGCGCCAUUUACUAGUGCCAAGCUUAUGUUUAUUGUGUUGAUAAUAUUAUUUGCUGAAGUUCAGUGAGAAAUAUAUGUCAGUUAAAUAUGAGAGAAUAUUAUGACUAUAUAUGGUGAUUCCUUCCUGUAUGUUUACCACUGUGAAUUUGAGUUUAGUCCUGUGAGGCUUCCGUACACACGUGACUUAGGGACAGGAAGUGAACUUUUAUUGUGAAAUGACUUUUAUUGUGAAAAGGUUCAGUUGUAAAUAAAAUGAGUUACCGGCGGAGCAACACGGUUGUUUUACCGUUGCCGUUGGCGUUGCUACCGGGCCGACUCAACGCGUAAAACAUUGUGAUGUCGUCUUUGAAGUGUGGUUAAUGACAGAAAGUAAGUUAAGACGAAGAUAGAAGUAUGAAGACUAAAGAUAGCCACUACAAUAUUA